UUCAAUAGUGCAUAGAAACCAAGGAUUGGAUGUGUAUAAAAAAAUCACCAGUCUAGACUGACGCAAAUGUAGAGAAGUUGUACCUAUGAUUAAAUUAGUUUAUUUGAUACUUGUGAAUUUGAAUCAUGACGGAUUUUUAAAAAGUUAUUAAAAUAAGUUAUUCAAGUGUAGUGUAUAAAACUACGCACUGCAGCUUAUACCGCUGACCGACAUUAUUGCGCAAGACAGCAUGAGGGUUUCCGCAUCGUGUGUUGAUCAAUCAAUAACACGGUAAACAUGUUGGCAAUAUAACUGGUAAAAACCGGAAUCCAGGAAACUGAACUGUAACACAAUGACUGUUAUUUAUAAAUAUCAUGUGACUAUUUUAAAGAGGAUUUGUCAUUCGUAUAUGAGGAAAGAGGGAACUUUGUUACAUAGAUAAAUAGUGCAUCUUACAGACGACAGACACUUUACUGAAGAUAAAUAAAGAUAAAAAAUGUUUGCUACACGCCGCUGGAAGUUUAUCUCAAUACUGUUAGUCAAAUUUGAUAAAAUAAUGGUGAUACAAAAACGUUAUCUUGUGUCCCACAAAUUAUUAUCAGACGUCAGUAAAAUUCUAAAACGUCUGCUGUUUGUGAAACCUAGAAGUGUGAAAACAACACUAAUGGAAGCGGAUUCUAUUUCCAUAGAAACACAGAGACUCGGCUUUAAUAUGUGCCGAGAUUCGAUCGGUGGUGUGUGGUCUGAAAUUAGCGAAGAUGAGUUCCAGAUCAGCAAGUUAAGUGGUGGUCUAACAAACUAUCUGUACAUUUGUUCACUUCCGUCCAAUGUUCGGGUACCAGACAACCAACCUCAAAGUGUACUGCUGCGCGUGUAUGGUGACAUCGCAACGUCCAGCAAUUUUGUCGUGCAGAACUCCGUGGUAUUUGCACUCAUGUCAGAAAAGAAACUUGGACCAAAACUGCACGGAAUGAAUCCCAAGGCGCGGAUUGAAGAACUUGUUCCGGCGAGUAGUUUAUCAACAACAGAUUUGCACAAUCCGACCUUGUCCCGGAUGAUCGCCGAGAAACUGGCAUUAUUUCAUAAUUUAGACAUGCCACUAUGUAAGGAGCCACGCUUCCUAAAUGACACAAUGGAUAAGUGGUUGAUAGAAGUUAAAGAAAUAUUAAGCAGGACUCAUUCUGACCAGGACGAACAUUACAUGCGUGUGUUUAGGGACUACAGUUUAGAAGAGGAACUGCAAACUUUAAAAGAAAUCCUGUCAAGAGUGGAAUCUCCUAUAGUAUUCUCACAUAAUGAUCUCCAGGAAGGAAACAUUCUUUACAAUGAAAAGUGUCCGGACUUAAGAAAACGUAUGACUGUGAUAGACUGGGAAUAUUGUAGUUAUAAUUACAGAGGUUAUGACUUCGGGAAUCACUUUAUGGAAUGGUGCUAUAAUUACAACGUACCAGAAUAUCCUUACUACAGAUACACCGCACAAUAUUAUCCCACAAGGGACCAACAGUAUGAGUUUUUCAAAGCCUACUUACAAGCAUCACACUGUGAUAUCGACGACAGUAUACUAGAGAAAAUGUACAUAGAAGCUAACACAUAUGCGCUGGCAUCCCAUUUUCUGUGGGGCCUGUGGUCAAUCCUACAGAAUGAAAUGUCAAAUAUACAGUUUGGAUUCUUGGAAUACGCUGAGAGUAGAUUGAGCGGGUAUUUUGAAAUGAAAAGAAAGUUGCCAUACUUGACAUAAAAUGACUUGGAUCUGUUACUGUGAUAUGAAUAUCAACUGUUGAUAACAACAGAAUGUUUAUAUAUCUGUACUUUACACUGCCAAAUUGAUGUUUAUUUUUGUAAAUACAUGUACUUUGCGAUCUCCCCAUAUUAGUUUCCGCUAGCAUAUGACAAGUACUUCCGAUGUUCAAUACAGUCAUCAUGUAUGUACAGUAUUUAUAGGUUAUUAGCUUUAUAUCGGGAAAUAUGCACGAGUUCUUCAGCAGAAAUAUUGCGCGACUUUAGGAAAUAUUCUUCCGCUGAAGAACGAGUGCAUAUUUCCCGAUGCAAAAAUAAUAACCUUUUUAUUACAUACGCAUCUACACUUAUAAAUAUGAUGUAAAUAUCAUAAACAUGUUCAAUAGUCUGAAUAGGAUUGACAAUACUGAACUAAAUAGAAAAAAAUAGUGCAACAACACACACUGAAUUACGUCACGCACCCGAUAUGAAAUUCAGGCGUCAGUGUAUGGGAAAAUAUUGACGUUUCCGGUACCAGUGUAACUUAACGGGGAAUAGAAACGAGUAUGUAAUAAGUAUGUAUACAUGGCGUAAUAAAUAAUGGGAUUGGGUCCUUGUUGUGUUCAUUUGUUAUGCUUUUGUUGGUUUUAUAGUGUAUAUGUAUAUAUAGCCAGAUGAUUUGUUUGAGGAAUAAAUGACAUAUCUCUUAUGGGUGCAAAUGAGAUUUUGGAUAUAUAUUUCUACAUGAUGUAAUACGUUGGUUAUUUGAUGUUUUUUCUGCUGUUGUUUUAUUGUUAUUGUAUAAACGUUUAUCCAGGUGAAUUGAUAUUUUGACAGUGUAUUUUAAUUAGAAUCAAAAUGGGAGCGGAUUUUUAAAUAUAUAUAUUCAGAUUUUACGAAUACAAUGUAAUUGUAUAAAUAGAAGUCUGUUUUGCUGGCUUUUCAUACUGUAUUGACUGAACGUACCAUGGUUUUUCAAAUUUUGCCAUUUAUUGACAUAUUCAGAUAUCUUGCAAAUGCAAAUGUAAAACUAGAAGUUAUACGAAAUCAGAAGAAAUAGUCCGUUUUAUAGCUCACCUGUCACAAAGUGACAAGGUGAGCUUUUGUGAUCGCGCAGCGUCCGUCGUCUGUCCGUCCGCCCGUGCGUGCGUAAACUUUUGCUUGUGACCACUCUAGAGGUCACAUUUUUCAUGGGGUCUUUAUGAAAAUUGGUCAGAAUGUUCAUCUUGAUGAUAUAUAGGUCAAGUUCGAAACUGGGUCACGUGCGGUCAAAAACUAGGUCAGUAGGUCUAAAAAUAGAAAAAAACUGUGACCUCUCUAGAGGCCAUAUAUUUCAAAGAUCUUCAUGAAAAUUGGUCAGAAUAUUCACCUUGAUGAUAUCUAGGUCAAGUUCGAAAGUGGGUCACGUGCCUUCAAAAACUAGGUCAGUAGGUCAGAUAAUAGAAAAACCUUGUGACCUCUCGAAAGGCCAUAUUUUUCAUGGGAUCUGUAUGAAAGUUGGUCUGAAUGUUCAUCUUGAUGAUAUCUAGGUCAAGUUUGAAACUGGGUCAUGUGCGGUCAAAAACUAGGUCAGUAGGUCUAAAAAUAGAAAAACCUUGUGACCUCUCUAGAGGCCUUACUUGUGAAUGAAUCUUCAUAAAAAUUGGUCAGAAUGUUCAUCUUGAUGAUAUCUAGAUCAGGUUUGAAAAUGGGUCACGUGCCGUCAAAAAGUAGGUCAGUAGGUCAAAUAAUGAAAAAACGUUUUGACCUCUCUAGAGGCCAUAUUUUUCAUGGGAACUGUAUGAAAGUUGGUUUGAAAGUUUAUCUUGAUGAUAUAUAGGUCAAGUUCAAAACUGGGUCAACUGCGAUCAAAAACUAGGUCAGUAGGUCUUAAAAUAGGAAAACCUUGUGACCUCUCUAGAGGCCAUACCCUUGAAUGGAUCUUCAUGAAAAUUGGUCAGAAUGUUCAUCUUGAUGAUAUCUAGGUCAAAUUUGAAACUGGGUCACGUGCCAUCAAAAACUAGGUCAGUAGGUCAAAUAAUAAAAAAACAUUGUGACCUCUCUAGAGGCCAUACUUUUCAUGGGAUCUGUAUGAAAGUUGGUCUGAAUGUUCAUCUUGAUGAUAUCUAGGUCUAAAAUUAGAAAAAUCUUUUGACCUCUCUAGAGGCCAUAUUUUUCAAUGGAUCUUCAUGAAAAUUGGUCUGAAUGUUCACCUUGAUGAUAUCUAGGUCAGUUUCGAAACUGGGUCACGUGCUUCAAAACCUAGGCCAGUAGGUAUAAAAAUAGAAAAACCUUGUGACCUCUCUAGGGGCCAUAAUUUUCAUGAGAUCUUCAUGAAAAUUAGUGAGAAUGUUCACCUUGAUGAUAUCUAGGUCAAGUUCAAAACAGGGUCACGUACCAUCGAAAACUAGGUCAAAUAAUAGAAAAACCUUGUGACCUCUCUAGAGGCCAUAUUUUUCAAUGGAUCUUCAUGAAAAUUGGUCAGAAUUUUUAUCUUAAUGAUAUCUAGGUCAAGUGCAAAACUGGGUCACAUGAACUCUAAAACUUGGUCACUAUGUCAAAUAAUAGAAAAAACGACGUCAUACUCAAAACUUGGUCAUGUGGGAACAGGUGAGCGAUUCAGGACCAUCAUGGUCCUCUUGUUUUAAUACUGUCACAUUAAAAGUUGGGUGGGGGCGGGGCGGUAUUUACAAAAUUUUAUAAGAAGUGAUAACACAUACACAUGUAUUUAACUAUAUGAUGGGUCUUUUUGAUGCUUUAAUAAAUCGCUAAGAAAAUGUACGAAAACUGUAAAAUGCCAUAAAAUGUCGCUUAAUGUGACGGACCACUUUUAAAGAUUUUUUUGUGCAAAAGGCGUUCUAUCGCAUUCCAAUAUUUGCCUUGUUUUUCUGUGUGUGAUUAUUUCAGUGAUUUCCAGUUGUGUUGUAUUCUAUAUUGUAUAUAGUAAUAAGAUGAUAAGUUUAUGGUGUUCAUUUUAUGUACUGAAUUUAUUACUUUUAUUUUUAAUGAUAAAAAUGUUCAACUGAAUAAAGCUGUGAUUUAAAUAAGAA